AUGGCGAGCAACGGUGAGCGUUCACAGUUAGGUUCUCACGGCUCAUACAUGAAUGCAUGUAUACGGCUCGAAAUGCUCGCGAUGGGGCUGGAUGGCAGCGGCGCGGCGUACCGCGGGCUGCCUUCUGGCUACGAUCGGUACGUGUGGGCGAUAUCGGUACUAAACGAACUCGAAGGUCUAGCUCGAGGCGCCGAUGCGAGAGAUUGUCCUCCAGCGUCGAAAGCGACUCUAAAUCCCGAGUACGUGGCGCAGGUUGCCGAGAGUGCCAAGGCGGCACUGGCCUUCGCGAGAAGCCGAAAUCCGGCGAUCCGGUGCUUAACCACGAGGGGCACCGUUCUCACGUCCAGCACUUUUACGGUGGAGGAAGACGUCGACAAGGAUGGACUGAUAAGUAACGACGACAAGAUAUUGACUACGUGCCUCAGUCUCUGCAGAAGCAGCAAGGAUCAAGCAAACGCAGAGGAGGGCCAGCCGAGGCGUUUGAGACGGGAGGUGGUUCUGCUCACGAAGGACCGGAACCUCAGGGUGAAGGCUCUGGCCAGGGACGUGCCCGUGAGGGAAGUUCCCGAUUUCAUGCAAUGGGCUGGACUCGGCUGAGGCGGCAUGACGUGAUCGCGACGAAACUCCGAUUCUCACCUGACGAGAAAUCUCCUGUGUUCCUGCCGCGCGAGCCCGACCAACAACGUCAAGCAAGACCAAAACGUAACGAGAAGAGGUGGAGAGAGAAAAUAAAUAAAAAAAAAAAAAGAAGAAUGCUCGUCAUUGUCGACGGAUCUUCGUCGCGGAUCUCUUUCGUGACCCGUCGAUCGAUCGUCGACUGUGCGCACACGACGUUGUUAUCGCGUAAGUCUCUGUCGCAGGUUGGAUAUAUUCAGAUUGUCUCCCGACGGUACUCUUUUUUUCUAAAUUUUUUUUUUUUUUCAAAUCCUAUUACGGAGAAACCGCGAAGUGCGGUGAGCAGGAGCAAGUUCUGCGGAAGAAAAAGCAAAGCGCGCGCGGUCGCGUAAAAUUGCGAAUGAAGUACGGUACGAAUGAUGGAGGAAAGAAACGGGCUCGGAGCCUGUCGCUUGCCGUUUCGCUUGUCGGAAACGCGAGCUAUUCGAAGGCUCCUCCGAGAAUGAGCGUGACACUACCUUGUGUACCCCCUAACUGUAUCCGUGUAUCUCGAACGUGCAGAGAUAAAAAUCCCGAAGAGAGUCUUUUCACACGGGGGCCCGUGUAACGGGGCGGUCCGAAAGACACGUUGAAUCCAGAACGUUCACAGCCACGGCGUACACCGAGAAGUAGAAUCGAGCGACAGCCGACAGGGACGUGAAUGUUUCGAGGAAGAGGCGAAGAAAACGGUAAAAAUAAUAGAGCUUUUACUAUCUUGAAGUGCUGUCACAGUUUGUAGAUUGUUUUUUAUCGAUAGUAGCCGCCUAUUGCGGCUGGAUAAUACAUUUUGUAUAAUUUUGUUUGUCGACAUUUACCUUUUGUUCGUGUGAGACGUUAUUAAAAAAAUUUUUAUAUCGUACGUACGGUGUGGUGGUUUCGAGAUGACGCGACGCGAUGACCGACGCGUUCGCGUCAUCGUUUUCGCUGGCAAUCGCGAAACGUGUCUUUUUAUCGUUCCGCGUGAGUCCACCCGUGACAUUUUCCACGAGGCGAUUCCCUCCUCAUUUUCUUAACGCUAAAGUCAUUAACAUCAUUACCUUUAAGCUGCCAUAAAGUGAAUUAUUAACGACAAUUCGUUUCCAACGAAUGACUACGCGUCACCGGGAACGAAGGAUCGAGGCGACGAUCGAUGUAACGUGAUCGUUGAUCGUGUGCUCGAUCGUGUGUCGCCGAUUGAUGAUUUACUCUCGGGAAAUGUUACGAACGAUCGAAAAUCAUGUACUUUCGAAAAAUCAAUCCGUCUCGAUCUGCAUAUAACGACCAAAUGCAUGCGUACAAAUUAUAUUCGAUUUUUUAUUAUACAUAUCAAUAUUUUCAAGCAAAAUUGAUUAUUGAUAUUAUAAUUUCAAGCAAGAUGCUGACGUUUGUCGUGGAGAAUAAUACAUUUUGCGCAUUAAUCCUUGAUUUUCGAGAUUCUUUUUGCAAUCAUUCUUCAAGCAAAAGUAACGUACACCGAGAUGUGUGAAUCUUUUUAUUGCAUGCUCGCGAGUAUACAUUGAUAACUAUAUGAUUCACUGGCUUAAAACUAGGAAUACUAAUGUGAGGAGACGAGGCGGAUUUUAUUCCACGUGGUGCACGAUUGUAUAACCGUAUGGUGUUCUUUACAGUAUCAAAGACUAGCUUUUAUUGGAGAAAUGUAUCCUGCGGGUGUUGGCACGAUCGCUAUUAUAAACAUUCCGUGUCGGAAUCACAUUGACGAGAUUUUCGAUCGACGUUGAUCUAGCGAUGAUUUUGUUUGGCAUUGCGAAGCGCAAUUUGAGAUCACGACUGUGUCAGUGCGAAGUGAAAUUCGCAAAAUGAUUUGCGUGACGCGGAGUCGAAUAGAGAUAUUGAAAUCGCUUCAUUCUCACGACGAAUUCUCGAAAGCGCGAACGCGACUUGCGCGCCGACGUCGAUGUUUUCUUCGCGUUUUUUAAUAUUGCUCGAUUGUACCAGUUAUACGUAUACGAGUUUACCUUUCGGGAGAAGUUUUACCUUUCGGAAGCGCACAGUGGUUGAGGCAUACGCGCGACCAGCAAGGAACUGCGGGACCGAUGAUCGAGUAGCGAACACGAUGUCCUAUUUUUUGACAGAGAUAAGAUAGUUACUUAAUGCUCUUUAGUGUGUUAAAGAAUGUGUGUGUGUAUGUGUGAGUGUGUGCGUGCGAGAGAGAGAGAGAGGGAGGGAGAGAAUGGCAAUUAGAUUAACGGAGGACAGUCAGCGGAAAGGGGGAAAAAGAAAGGAAAACACUCGACGUACUAAAGACCGUAUCUACAAUAAAUCUCGAUGCUGUCCGAAGUCUCGUCGGAAUUCCUGCGAAUUAAAUCGAAUCGGUAAGUAGAAGAAGUGCCCACCCACUGCACCGCCCGGGCAGAAUCCUUUCGUUACACCGUGAUGUUCCGCUUGACAAACCACGCCAUUCAGGCAGAAGAAAGUCCCGUCGGGUAAGGGUGUCUGUUCAGCGGUAUUUUGAGGGCACGCAAGAAGCAUAUUAAAAUAUUUCUACCGAUCUGUCGUGGGAAAUUUUCUUUUUCUUGCAAAAAAAAAAGAAAUUUUUAUGUACAAGAAUUCUAUUGCUACUUACGGAUUUAAUUAUAUUUUGAGAAAGAUUGCACGAAUUCCCGAGAUCCGCCGUCUUUUUGCUUCUUGCGAGACGCGUUGAGAUCUUAUUUACGUGUACGUACUUCUUAAUGUCGUCGUAAGGAGACGGGUGAAGUAGCAUUCGUCAACGAUACUUCACAAGAUCCGAGAUCGGUACGUCGAGAGGAGGAUAGAGGAAGAGAGAACGGAAAGAGAGAAAGAGAGAAAAACACGCGAGUUUCGCGCCUGCGAAGCGCUGUUCAUAUCUCUCGUCCUUCGGCGUGUCCGUUUGCUUUGACAUCUUUUUCUUUUUCCCCUGUCACCUUCCCUCUCCCCCCUCCUCGUCGCCGUUUUUAGCUCAAUUUUUUAUUCGAACCUUCACGGCGAGAGAAAGUGCGGCGUAUCAAUGGAGUUUGAUGAAGCCCACUCGAAGCACCGACGAUGUACACUGUCAUUGUGUUUCACUAAUUUUUAAGUAUAGCCUUUCAUAGGAUUUUUAAUGCGCGCGUUCGGUCGCCAUAAGUGACCGAUAAUUAAUACGGUGGCAGACGUUUGAGAUGUGAAAGAGUGCGACGGAUGGGCGAGCGAAAUCGAUUGCGCGAGUGCACCUUGCAAUCGUGAAUCGGAAUUAUCGAGAAAUACUUGUUCUCUUGAAUCAAACAGCCUUACGAGAGAUAUAUUUUUAUACGGCCAAAAUCAAAUGUGAAAAAUCAAUUAUGUUGGAUAUAUUAAUACAUUAAAAUGCUCCAAGUUCUAUAAAAUUUUUAUUGAACAAAAAUUUUGAUUUUGCAAAGAGUUUGGUAUAUUCAGUUGUGUAUAUUCAGGAACUGAAUAUUUAUUACUAUAUUAAAAAAUAAUAUUAACAGUAAUUACCCUUGCCGAAAAUAAUGAAAGAGUGAGAUAUUGAAUAAUAAAAUUUGAAUUGUUAUUUUGCUGAAAGUGCAGUUCGCAAUUGGUUGUCGGAUCUUGAGGAAAGUGUUUACCGAUAAUUUACGAUACACUCUUAGCUUAGUACAGGAUAACAAUCAGGGUAUAGUUUGCAAUUGUACUCCGGGCAUAUCACACAGUAUAUUUACAAUAUCAUCGCAAUAGUUUUCUUCUGCAAUAGUCAUAGUGGUGCAAUAGACGCUCUACUCACGAAUAAGCCACCUCGAUAAGACUUAUCCGUCCCCGAGCAUCAUAAUCCAUUUUCAUUGUUUCGAUGUAAUAUAUCUUCACUUCACUCACUCCGGUCUUUCAACUUUGAAAUUGCAUACGUCGAUCUUGCGAGUAGUCGCCAGCUGCUCCGAUCGGCUUCACGCGCGAUCGAGUUCACAUUUAGCCCGUGCUUAAUAGAAAGAGAAAGAGAGAGAGAGAGAGAGAGAGAAACAGAAAAGUGCGAAAAGCCUGAGAAAUAUAGGUAGACAUUUGACGUAAGAUAGACGUCGUGAUUUUUAGAACCGAUUUAUCUCGGACGUGGACAAGCGAAAUCUCGCGAUUUAUGUUCUCUCCGCCUGCGAGAUAACUCUUACACCGUAAGUGUACCUAUAUCUAUAUUGUAUAUAUAAUUAUAUAUAAUUAAACACAUUUAUAUAUAAUUAUACAUAUAUAAAUACACCCACCCGUCACCGAUUUUAUGCUAGAUUCUCGCAAUAUCUCUAAUAAAUCUAUGUACGUUUUAUGUAUUAUUAUAUGACGAAGCAAAAGAACGCGAUUCAUUUGUAUUUCGUCUAAGGAAAUGUUUGCUGAUAGUGCGAUAUGAUGACGACGACGAUGAUGAUAAUGAUGACAAAAUUGUGAAGAUGAGAAGCUAUGAAAGCAGAAGUUUUAGGCUAAUCGUUUAUUACAUAUUAUGAGAAAUGUCGCUACUAAUAGUGUUACCACUUUGAAUAUUCAAUAAAAAGUUGAGACUAGCGUUAUUA